AGCACAACAAUGGAAGAAACAGCUAUAUGGGAACAACACACAGUGACUCUUCACAGGGCUCCAGGAUUUGGGUUUGGCAUUGCGAUAUCUGGAGGAAGAGAUAAUCCCCAUUUUCAGAGUGGUGAAACUUCAAUAGUUAUUUCUGAUGUCCUGAAAGGAGGUCCAGCAGAAGGACUGCUACAGGAAAAUGACCGUGUGGCAAUGGUUAAUGGAGUCUCAAUGGAUAACGUGGAACAUGCAUUUGCUGUUCAACAGUUGAGGAAAAGCGGAAAAAAUGCCAAAAUAACUAUUCGGAGAAUGAAGAAAAUUCAGAUUCCAGUAGCCCGGCCGGAACCUGAGCCAGUAUCUGAAAAUGAGGAGGAUAGUUAUGAAGAGGAAAUGCAUGAUCCAAGAAGUGCACGCAGUGGGCCAGGUGUCAACAGAAGGCUUGAGAAGAGCUGGGUAAGAGACCGAAGUGGAAGCAGAGAGAGAAGUUUAUCGCCAAGAUCAGAUAGGAGAUCUGUUGCUUCCAGUCAGCCUGCAAAACCUACUAAAGUAACAUUGGUGAAAUCCAGGAAAAAUGAAGAGUAUGGUCUGCGCUUGGCCAGCCACAUAUUUGUGAAAGAAAUAUCUCAAGAUAGUUUGGCAGCAAGAGACGGCAACAUUCAGGAAGGUGAUGUUGUAUUGAAGAUAAACGGCACAGUCACAGAAAAUAUGUCACUGACAGAUGCAAAGACUCUAAUAGAAAGGUCAAAAGGCAAGUUGAAGAUGGUGGUUCAACGAGAUGAACGAGCCACUCUUUUGAAUGUCCCAGAUCUUUCUGACAGCGUUCAUUCUGCUAAUGCUUCAGAAAGAGAUGACAUUUCAGAAAUUCAGUCGCUGGCAUCAGAUCAUUCCAACCGAUCACAUGACAGGCCCCGCCGCAGUCGUUCACGAUCUCCUGACCAGAGGUCAGAGCCUUCAGACCAUUCCAGACAUUCUCCACAGCAGCCCAGCAACGGCAGUCUCCGGAGCAGAGAAGAUGAGAGAAUAUCAAAACCAGGAGCUGUCUCUACACCUGUAAAGAAUGCAGAUGAUAUCCCUGUUUCUAAAACCAUGGAGGAGGCUAUAGUUGAAAGAAAUGAAAAACAAACUCCACCUCUGCCAGAGCCAAAGCCAGUGUAUGCUCAAGCUGGACAGCCAGAUGUGGAUUUACCAGUCAGUCCAUCAGAUGGUCCUUUACCCAAUUCAACUCAUGAAGAUGGAGUGCUUCGGCCAAGCAUGAAGCUGGUAAAAUUCAAAAAAGGAGACAGCGUGGGCUUGCGGUUGGCUGGUGGCAAUGAUGUAGGCAUAUUUGUAGCUGGUGUUCUGGAGGACAGCCCUGCAGCGAAAGAAGGAUUAGAAGAAGGAGAUCAAAUUCUCAGGGUAAACAAUGUAGACUUCACAAAUAUCAUCAGAGAGGAAGCAGUGCUUUUUCUGCUUGAUCUCCCUAAAGGAGAAGAGGUGACAAUUUUGGCACAGAAGAAAAAGGAUGUUUAUCGUCGCAUUGUUGAGUCCGAUGUAGGAGAUUCUUUCUAUAUCAGAACUCAUUUUGAAUAUGAAAAGGAAUCUCCCUAUGGGCUAAGUUUCAACAAAGGUGAAGUGUUUCGGGUCGUGGAUACUUUGUACAACGGCAAGCUUGGGUCCUGGCUGGCUAUUCGAAUUGGCAAGAAUCACAAAGAGGUGGAAAGAGGCAUCAUACCCAAUAAAAACAGAGCUGAACAGCUAGCUAGUGUACAGUACACACUUCCAAAGACAGCGGGGGGAGAUCGUGCAGAUUUCUGGAGGUUCCGAGGUCUACGCAGCUCAAAGAGAAAUCUCCGAAAAAGCAGAGAAGAUCUUUCUGCGCAACCUGUUCAGACCAAGUUUCCUGCAUAUGAAAGAGUUGUUCUUCGAGAAGCUGGCUUUCUCAGGCCUGUAACCAUUUUCGGACCAAUUGCUGAUGUUGCACGAGAGAAACUGGCAAGAGAAGAACCAGAUAUUUAUCAAGUUGCAAAAAGUGAACCAAGAGAUGCUGGUACUGACCAACGUAGUUCUGGCAUUAUUCGUCUUCAUACAAUAAAACAGAUAAUUGACAGAGACAAACAUGCUUUAUUAGAUGUUACUCCAAAUGCUGUGGAUCGUCUGAAUUAUGCACAAUGGUAUCCCAUUGUGGUGUUCCUGAACCCUGAUUCCAAGCAGGGUGUAAAAACCAUGAGAAUGAGACUGUGUCCAGAAUCACGGAAAAGUGCCAGAAAAUUGUAUGAAAGAGCUCACAAGCUACGGAAAAAUAAUCAUCAUCUCUUCACAACUACUAUCAACUUGAAUUCAAUGAAUGAUGGCUGGUAUGGAGCACUAAAGGAAGCAAUUCAGCAGCAACAGAACCAGUUGGUGUGGGUUUCAGAAGGAAAGGCAGAUGGUGCUACAAGUGAUGACCUUGACUUACACGAUGAUCGCCUUUCCUACCUGUCAGCUCCAGGUAGUGAAUAUUCCAUGUACAGCACAGAUAGUAGACACACUUCAGACUAUGAUGACACAGAUACAGAAGGGGGUGCCUACACUGAUCAAGAACUUGAUGAAACGCUCAAUGAUGAAGUUGGGACUCCUCCGGAAUCUGCUAUUACACGGUCCUCUGAACCUGUAAGAGAGGAUUCCUCUGGAAUGCAUCAUGAAAGUCAAGCAUAUCCUCCUUAUGCUUCGCAAGCUCAGACCCAGCCAAAUCAUAGAAUCGAUUCUCCAGGUUUUAAAACAGCUGCCUCUCAAUCGAAAGCAGAAGCCUCACCUGCAGGCCCUUACCUUUCCCCGUCGCCUGAAACAAACCCUGCAACCUCAUCACCUUCUGCUGUUAAUCCUAAUGUAAACUUAACUAAUGUCAGACUGGAGGAGCCCACCUCAGCUCCUUACAACUCUUUUCAACUACAAGCUGGCCCCUUAAGAACACCAAGCACUGAGGGAGUUCACAUAAUGCUAAGAGAUCAAGAGCCAUCAUCCUUAUCACCGCAUAUAGAUCCAACAAAGGUAUACAAAAAGGAUCCAUAUAUUAGCGAGGAGGCACCAAGACAGAACUACGUCUUGAAACAACCAGCAGUUAAUCAUCCAGUACAGAGACAGGAGAAAGAGACAAAUCUGAUCUAUGAAUCCCAGGUUCAGUAUGCAGAGAAACAACCCAGUAAAGAGUAUGAGCCGUCAACAUAUAGGUAUGAUUCUACGAACUAUGUAGAUCAGUUUUCCCGUGGUUAUGACCCUCGUCUACAUUAUGAUGACCGUAUACCUCCCUAUGAGGACCAUUGGGCAUAUUAUGAUGAAAAACAGCCCUACCAGCCGAGACCACCUUAUGAUAACCAACCUCCUAGGGACUUUAACCCCAGACAAAAUGCAGAAGAGAGCACAGAACGCAGCUACUACCCAGCACAACCUCGCUUUGAAGAACCACCUCCAAUGGUUUAUGACAGUAGGCCUCGCUAUGAACAUGCACCUAAAAACUUCAGUCUACCACAACUGCGAUAUGAAGAACAGCCUCCUGCUGGAUAUGAUAUUCACAGUAGAUAUAAAUCAGAAGCUGAGACAUACCCUUCAGCAAUAUCUAAGUCUCCUGAACCUAAGCAGUACUUCGAUCCACAUAUGAGGGGCUAUGAACAAGGCCCUCCACAAGGAUUUAAUGCUAAAGCUGGACAGUAUGAACCUUCUCAUAGCACUGCAGGUGUUCCUCCUCCUCCUCCCCCACCCUCAUCACAAACCAAACCAGAAGUACUGCCUUCCAACAGUAAACCACUGCCUACGCCACCAACUCUAACAGAGGAAGAAGAAGAUCCAGCCAUGAAACCACAAUCAGUGCUAACUAGAGUUAAGAUGUUUGAAAACAAAAGAUCAGCAUCGGUGGAAAAAAUCAAGGAUCCUAAUGAUACACCAGCUGUCAAGCCUCCAGAACUAGCACCAAAACCUGCCAUUGCCACAGUGAGUGGUUCCAAACCAACCUCUCAAAAUCAGUAUGAACAUGACAAAACAAUUUACAGGGCUCCAGAACCACAGAGACCUCAAGUGAAGCCAUCUGAAGACAUAGUACGUUCAAAUCACUAUGAUCCUGAGGAAGAUGAAGAGUACUAUCGAAAGCAGCUUUCAUACUUUGAUCGCAGAAGUUUUGAAAAUAAGCCCUCUAUACAGGUUCCUGCCAGCCAUCACCCUGAGCCUGCUAAGCCAGUACAUCCUCAGAAUCAACUGAACUUCACCAACUAUUCUAAGGGGAAGCCUACUGAUGCUGAGCCCACAGAUAGACCUGGUGGUGAAAAGCGCUAUGAGCCAGUUUCUCAAGUUACUCCUCCUCCCCCACCUCCAGUACAGUAUACUCAACCUCAGUCGAUUAAUAACCCUGUCGUACUUCUUCAGGCACAUCCCAAGUCUGCACUUUCUGAGGUUAACUCUGUGUCCGUAGAUUUCCAGAAUUUCACAGUGCCCAAGCCUGACCCACCUCCAUCUCAAAAUAAACCAGCAACUUUCAGAUCUUCCAACCGAGAGGACACUGUGCAAUCUACCUUCUAUCCUCAGAAAAGCUUCCCUGACAAGAGUCCAAUUAAUGGAACUGAGCAGACUCAGAAAACAGUCACCCCGGCUUAUAAUCGCUUUACAACGAAGCCUUACACAAGUGCUGCCAGGCCAUUUGAGCGAAAGUUUGAAAGUCCUAAAUUCAACCACAAUCUACUGCCAAAUGAAACUCAACAUAAACCAGAGUUGCCCUCAAAGGCUCCAAAUUCUCCUCAACCAAUUUUAAAAGCACAUAGCUCAUUGCAGCCUUCUGAGUUUGACAGUGGAAUGGAUACAUUCUCCACGCAGGCAGACAAGCCUAAAUAUCAACCAAAUAACAUUAAUGCUGUGCCUAAAGCCAUUCCUGUAAGCCCUUCAGCACUAGAGGAUGACGAGGAGGAGGAUGGACACACUGUAGUAGCCACAGCAAGAGGUGUUUUUAACAGCAAUGGUGGUGUAUUAAGCUCCAUAGAGACAGGAGUUAGUAUAAUUAUACCACAAGGAGCCAUUCCAGAGGGAAUAGAGCAAGAAAUCUAUUUCAAGGUCUGCAGAGAUAAUAGUAUCCUCCCACCUUUAGACAAAGAGAAAGGAGAAACACUGCUUAGCCCGUUGGUAAUGUGUGGGCCCCACGGACUAAAAUUCCUGAAGCCAGUGGAGCUGCGCUUACCACAUUGUGCGUCUAUGACCCCUGAUGGUGACCCCAAAACUUGGCAGAACAAGUCUCUUCCUGGAGAUCCAAACUAUCUUGUUGGAGCAAACUGUGUCUCAGUCCUAAUUGACCACUUCUAAUCCUUAAAUUAGCUGACUGAGUAAAUAAUGUGAAACUGAGAUGGACCUUACAUAUAAACUGAAUGACUCUAUCAAGUAUUAACGGAACUUACUGUUUAAGCAUCUUGCUUUAACUAACAAUGGUUAGCAAGUACACUCUUGAACCAUGGUCAGAAUACAUGCCACAAACAGGAAGUAUACUAUGGAAACAACGUGGGGUUCUUGUGGGUUCCGAAUGUUGGGGGUUUCUUUUUGUUUUGGUUUGGUUUUUUUAAAUGGACACAGCUAGUAUUUCAUUGUUAAAACUUUAAAGUAUCAAUGAAGUACCAAUGGAAUAGAUAAAGAAGAAUUGAAUUUGGUUCAUAGUCCACUGGUUGAACUACAGAAUUUGGCUUUUUUUUUUUUUUUUUUUUUUUUUUUAAACUUGGGGGUGGUUUGGUGGUUUUUUGUUUUUUUUAAACUGUUGUGUUAAAAUACACCCUACUAUAUUUCCAUCUCUGGUUUUUAGAUGGCUCUUUUGGUGUACAUGUCCCAUAAAGUAGCGGUAAACUUUUGACUAGCACAACUUGGAUGUUUUCCUCUACUGUGAGGCUUAUAAAAGCACGUCUACUUACUGUACAUGAAAACAUUACUUUUCUUUGUCAUGGGAAAGAUAGAAAGCAUGUGAGAUGACUAUGGUUCAGUUGCCUCUGUGGAUUUGUAAAUUAACCAACACGUUACUACAGACAUAUUAACCAGCAGGGAUGCCUUACCCUCAUGUUUUUAAUAGUCUUAGUUCUCUGUAUUACUAAGUUUGUAUGGCUUUUGUGCUUAACUAGAUAAUAUAUCAUGAAACAGAUUGAUAAAGUGACUUAUUGUGAACUUGCUGGUUUAGAGAACAAGUAUUGUUUGUGUUGAUCAACCAGAAGAGAGCCAGAAGAAAAUGAUGGUAUGUUUUCUGCUAUGCAUUUGAAAAUUUAUAGAUGUUAUAGAAUGCCUGUAUAUAAAGCGUGCAUACCACUUUUGUUCUUGGUUUGUAAAUUAACUUUUAUAAGCUUUACCUUUUUAUAUAUAAAUAUAUAUAAAAACAAAACAAAGUUUCUUAAGGAUAUCUUUGUAUUCUCAUACCUUUUGAGCCUUGAACUUUGACAUCUGCAGCAAUAAAGCAGCAUUUCUACAAUAUACAAACAAGGACUUUUUUUUUUAAAUGCACAAUGUUGUUACCUUUUUAAGUGCUGCAUUUGAAGAAUAUAACUCGGAAUUCUCUAGUUUGAUUAAAAUCUUGAAAAAUAUCCCUACUGUAAUUUGUGAUAAGGAUGCUAUUACUAUGUGCCCUGAAAUGUAUUUUUUUACUAAUAGACAAUUUAUUAUGGCACAUCAGCACUACUACUGUUUAGAUAAUAUACCACUGCAUUCUGUUAAUCAGUUAUUAGCUAUUCAGGUGUGGCUGAUUUUUUUCUUUGCAGUUAUUAAAAUUACACAUUUCUAAAUAUACAGAAUAAAAUUGUUUUUAAAAUAA